AAUGUCCGGCAGCUGAAAAUUACCAUCUGUUGCUACGUUUAUAUACCUAGCUCCUAACCAAUAAAUUCAGAUUUAAAACAAAGUUAUCUUUCUAUGUGACUGACGAAUCGUAUUUAUUAUAUCAACUUUUGCGUCGUAGUGAUGGCUCUCCUUUCGCUACAGAAGUAUUUGGAAGUACUCGCAGCCCAAAAGAUCUCUCGCGGUGGGAUAUCUCUGGCCGUGAAGAUGCUGAGCCGGUCCACCUUCCUGCUGCCGCUAUGCGGCCCACAGCAGCAGCAGCAGCAGAGGGCAAUGUCUACCCUGAAAGCAAUCUCUAUGAGGUUGCGAUCAGUUAAGAACAUCCAAAAGAUCACCAAGUCAAUGAAGAUGGUGUCAGCUGCCAAAUAUGCACGUGCUGAGCGCGAGCUGAAACCAGCAAGGGCAUAUGGCAUUGGUGCAAAAACGUUCUACGAGGCGGCCGAGAUCGGCGCCGAGGAGCCGGCGCCGGACGCCAGUCAGCUGCUGGUGGCCGUCACCUCGGACCGCGGACUCUGCGGCGCCGUCCACUCGAGCAUCGCCAAACGCAUCCGGGCCAACUACACGCCCGAGGGGAACUACAAGAUCGUCUGCAUCGGCGACAAGUCGCGCACCAUCCUGCAGCGGACCCACAACCAGAACAUUCUGUUCCACGUCAGUGAAGUGGGCAAGAAGGCGCCGUCCUUCUCGGACGCCACGGCCGUCGCUCAGGAGAUCCUCGCCUCCGGAUACGAGUUCAGCACGGGCAAUAUCUUCUUCAACAUCUUCAGGUCCGUGGUGUCGUACGACACGUCCGAGCUGCCGCUCUACUCGCUGGACGCGGUCACCAAGUCGCCCAACCUGGCCGUCUACGACUCGCUCGACGCCGAGGUGACGCAGAGCUACCUCGAGUUCUCGCUGGCCUCCAUGCUCUACUACGCGAUGAAGGAGGGCGCUUGCAGUGAGCAGAGCAGCCGAAUGACUGCCAUGGACAACGCCAGCAAGAACGCCGGCGAGAUGAUCGACAAGCUGACUCUGACAUUCAACCGGACGCGCCAGGCGGUCAUCACCCGCGAGCUGAUCGAAAUCAUCUCGGGAGCGGCCGCGCUCAAGUAGGCUGGCCCGAGCCGUCUAAUCACAGUGUGCGUGUAAGAAUAUAUGGAGAAACCGAGCGGGAACGCGGCCGCGGCGCCGCACAGAACACUGGAGCUGGAAAUAUAGACAGGACGGGA